GCGUUCUGCUGCGAGCUUUAUAUUUCCGGGGCUGCUUUAGGAAUGUAAACUAUUCAACAUGGAGACAGUUGAUAAGCUGGAGGCGAUGUUCCAGAAGGCAGAAGCUGAUAUAGAAUAUGUGGAAAAGCGGCUGAAAUUUGACUUCAUGGCAAAUGUGCGUGAAGCGGGCUCGUUUGAGGGAAACCCUGUUCAGUUGCUGGAGAACCUGUCGGCGAUCAAAGCGCGCCAUUCGGCCCUGUGCACUCAAGUGGAGGAGAUCGCAGCAGAACAGAAGCGAUCCAUGGACUCCAUACGAGCUCAUUUGGACACGACAGUACAGCUGGUUCAACAGCUGCAGAACACAGCAGAUGUGCAGGUUCCUCCACUGACAGAAGAAGAACAAGAAGCGAGAGAUGCUCUCUGCUCAUCCAUUGCUGCUUUAAAUGUAGAGGCCAUGCCGAUAUCAGAACCUCAAUCUCAAGCACAGUCUGAAUCACGGAACAUGCUUGAAGAGGUGUCUGAGGGGACAUUUGAGACCGUCCCGCGGAGUGUACGUGGUAACUUGAAGCUGAAUGACCUCAACAUGCUCAACAAGCAGUUAUCCGAGUACUUUAUCUCAGAUAGAAACAGGGGGCCGAUAAGCACUCAGAGAAUGAAGAAGUUAAACAUGAAAGUCAGUGAUUCUGCAAUGAAGACCUUACAACACCUUAAACUCAUUGAGCUGGAUAAGAAAGGACUUGUGUCAUUGCUGGCAAAAGACUGAGAAACCGGGACAAAAUACAUGCAACCCCAUCAAAAUGCAUAAAGCCUCGAGUUACUUCCACUUGUAGGCUAUUCCAUUCCAUAGUGAAACCACUUGAAUGAUGGCGAACUAGACAACAUUUCAGAAACAGUUGUCCAUGAAGUAUAAAAAUAAACUAACUUUUAUCAGUCUUUUUAAGGAAUAAACUUAAUUUCUUCAGCAUUGUUAUGCUGAUGUAUUCAAUUAUAUCAUGACCUGGAAACGAUUUGUACAAGAAAGAAACUGUACAGCACAAGAGUUUAUAUUUUUUGUAAGUUAAACUGGUGUUUAUGUAACUUUGGAUCGUCAAGAUCUCAGUAAUGCAAAGGAGACUGUAUUUGAAUGUAAGAUUCAGUGAAUUCCUUUUUGUUUUUUUAUUCAAUAAAAUGUCUUUUAUUUAUA